AUGGUCUCCAAAUGCCGGCGAUCCCUUUCCUUCCCGAACCUCCCCAACUCUCUCCCAAAAGAAUCAAAAAGGUUUUCCAAAACAACCUCACACUUCCGAUCCACCAGUCUCCCGUGUACGUCUCACCCCUUGAUCUAUCAACUCAAGGACCACCUCAACCAUCUCAAAUCCUGGGCCGCCGCCGGAUCCACACCCGAUACCCGAACCUCGGCUUGGCUCUGCGACGGCUUGGCCCGCCUCAAAACCGUCCACGACUACCUCGACUACAUCCUCCUCCUCCCCCAGACCCAAGACUCCCUCCGCCGCCAACCUGAUUGGAUCGAGAGGCUUCUCGAUGACUUCCUUCGAUUCGUAGACGCUUACGGGAUCUUCCAAACACUUGUGUUUACUUUGAAGCAAGAACACUCUGCGGCUCAGGUUGCCGUAAGGAGGAAAGACGAGUCGAAAGUAGAAACGUACGCCAAGGCCAUGAGGAAAAUGGAAAAGGAAAUGGGCGAGCUCGUCUCCACCGUCCGAUGUGCGACGAGGAGCCCCUCCAACAGUUACGUAUGCAAUGUGGAUGCAGAGUUAGUUGAAGUUAUUCUAGAUGUUAAGGAAGCGACCGCGUUGGUUUCGACUGCGCUUUUUAGCGGCAUUUCAUCGUCGUUGGUGUCGAAAAAGCCGUCGUGGAAUUGGUUGGGAUUUGGGAAGAAAGGGAGGGUGGAGGAGGGGAUUCAAGAGUUUAAACAAGUUGGAACGGAGUGCUGUUUGUGGGGGUUGAGAAAGAAGGGAGAUGAAGAAUUGAGAAUGGUGUUGAAGAGAAUGAAUGAAUUGGAGGAUUGUAUUGUAAAGAUUGGAAUGGGGAGUGAGAGAGUUUUUAGGAGUUUAAUUAGCACAAGGGUUUCACUGCUCAAUGUUCUCACUUAA